AUGGAUGCGGCUACAGAGAGGUCUGAGUUUAGGCAAUCUUCCGCAAAUACCAAACCCUCUUUCGUAGAUAUGAUCAAUAUCUUGGUUGUGGACGACGAUGCAACCACUCUAGCUAUAGUUUCAGCAAUGCUUAAAACAUGGAGUUACCAAGUUGUCUCGGUUAGAAACCCUAUCGAUGCUUUGGCUACCCUUCGAGCGAGGAAAGGCAUAUUUGAUCUAGUUGUUACAGAUCUUCAUAUGCCUCAGAUGAAUGGGUUUGAAUUGCAAAAGCAUGUCCAUGAAGAAUUUAAGCUACCUGUUAUUAUGAUGUCCGCAGACGACAAAGAGAGUGUGAUACUAAAGAGUUUAGAGGGUGGAGUUGUGUACUAUAUAGUAAAGCCUGUGAGCAAAGAUGACAUUAAGAAUGUGUGGCAGUAUGCUGUUGCAGCUAAAAAGGGUAAAUCGGUUACCAUAGAGGAAAUAGAAAGUGCUCCAGGAGAAGCACCUGGUGAGGUCGAGGAUGGAAGUUCUGAGACAUCUUCUGAUACCGACGAAGAAAAACAGGAGAAAAAAGCUGUGGCCAAGGUCAAAAAGGAACGUAAGAGGCACAGGGAAGACGAUAAUGAAGAACGUAUGGUUGCCCCAAAGAAGCCAAAAGUGGUGUGGACAAAUUCACUUCACAAUCAGUUUCUGCUGGCCAUCAGACACAUUGGCUUGGACAAGGCUGUGCCAAAGAGGAUUCUCGAGUUCAUGAAUGUGCCAGGCUUAACUAGAGAAAAUGUAGCUAGCCAUUUGCAGAAGUAUCGUAUCUUCUUGAAACGAGUUGCGGAGAAAGCCAGGCUAUCCAAGUGCUUGUCUGAGAGGGUGUUCAGGUCAAGCUUUGCACUUGGCCAUCCAGCACUAGUCUUCAACAAUGUCCAAAGAGACCAAUAUUAUUCACAACUCCUCAACCCACAGCAAAUGGGAACAUCAAUUGCCUCUACAUUUCAACCGUCAGCUGGAAAUGGAAACACCCUAGCUCUCACUGCUGCUGCUUCCAAUAACCUUGGCUCCAUCCAGUUCCCCAAUUACCAUCAAUCUUCAAGCAGCAACAGCAGCAGAUCCUUCCCUCAACUAAUCGGUUCGGGCCAGUCGCGUCUAUUGAGCAAUAAUCAAGCUAACAUUCUGUGCCAGCAACCAAUGCUUGGUAAUGGUAAUGGGGAUCAGCUGCUUUGCCAAGCAAACCGCCGCACGGCAGCUUUUGGGUUGCAACAAUUGAUGAACACUUUUGGCAAUGGAGGUAUGUCUUUUGGCCUAAUGAACAACAAUAUUGGACUUACCAACAAUAAUAUUGGUACGAACAGUUUGAUGCAAGUACACCCACAACAAAGUCAGCCAAGGCAGAAUGGAGUUUUCACUUUCACCAAUAACCCAUUCAGCUACAACUUUGCUACAUCAGGAAACCAGAUCAGUUCAAGUUAUACUCCAUUGUCUUCAAGCUUCGAGAACAUGGGGUCUAAUGUUAACAAUGUGAACCAGCAGGUGCCAAACUCCAGUCACCAGCUGGUUAGUAACUUUGCCGGAUCCCAAAUUAUGAGCAGCAGUGGCAGAGAGCUAGUGGGAUUAAUGGGUAGUCAACCAGCUGGGAUGCUCAAUAAUAUUACUAACAAUAUUAAUAUUGGUGGUGGAUAUCCAAAUGUGAGUCUCACUGGUGCACCAAUUGGGAACAAUGAUGGGAUUUUUAAUUCUGGUUACAUGGCUCAAUUGGGAGCUUCUUCAUCGUCGAUGUCUUCUUCUGCUGGGUUUGAGAUUAGUGCUAGUUCUGCAUACCAAUUUCCACCAAGUUUGCUUAAGAACAAUGGUGAUGAUCAGCAACAAAAUGUUCCAGUGCUGCCACCGCCCGCAGGGAAUGUUAAUGACCAAUGUGGUCUGGCAAAUUUGAAUGUUGGAGGAGGAAAUGUUGAAAUUUCCGUUAGUGGUGUCAUGGAUAAUACUAUUAUUACAGAUGCUCCUCCUACCUUGAUCAACAACAACAAUAUUUCUCAUGAACAAGAAUUGGUCGGUGACAUUGAUGACUUGAUGCUCAGUAAUCUGCUUAUGGAUCAGCAGAACAACUACGAACCUUCUCCUCCUCCUUUUCAGCAACAAGAUGGAGAUCAAGAUCAACUUCCUCCCGACUUUGCUAGUUUCGUAUAUCAAGUUGAAGUGCCGGACCCUUCUGCGGACCAACAGCAGCAGCAGGAGGGUGGUGAUCAACAAGUCGUCAACCCCGAAUUCGAUGGCAACGUCUUUGACUCAGAGGACUACAGCAUACUAUUUGAUCCAGAGCACCCUUUUCAGGAUUGUGACGAUGAUUUCUUAAAUGCCAUAUUGGAUGCUGAUAUGUAA